AUGGCUAAUGUGUUAGCUCAUCUCCAAUGUGUAGCAAUCGACCCCCACAUCAACACAAGAGAAGGACAGCGGCACCUCUACCGCGUCCUCACCGACGCUGGCACUCUCCUCCGGCUGCAGCACGGAGCCACUGAACAGAGGAGCAUCGAAGAGACUAAGAGCGGAGAAAACGAUGACGGGACAGUGAUUUUUACCGCGGAGACAAGGGAAGGAGGACUGGAGAGAAACCGGGGCUUGGUCAUGGUCGGACGGGGACUUUGGGUAUGUAAGCCCCGGUUUGGAAAGCGAGGGAGCAGAUUUGGCGUUUUGCCUAUUUUAUGCACCGCGAUAGCGAGCUUAUCCUUGCUGGCACUGCUCUUUGUGGACUUUAUCGAGUCAUGGGUCACCUCUAUGAACAUGAACAGGGUGGUGGAGCCGCACGCCGGCGUCAUCCCUCUGCAGAGCGUCCCCCCAACCAGACCCGAGGAGUUCCUCCUCAUGCCCAGUCCGCUCGUGUGCCAGAGAGCCAAGCCUUACCUCAUCACCAUGGUUACCUCGGCUCCUGCCAAUCAGAGGGCCCGCCAAGCAAUCCGGGACACCUGGGGAGGGGAGGUGGAGGUCAGGGGUCUUCGGGUCAUGACCCUGUUCAUGGUGGGUGUGGCUUCUGACCCAGGACUCUCGAAGCUGCUGAUAGAGGAGGCCAGAGAGAGAGGAGACCUGAUUCAGGGUCGUUUUGUGGACACUUACUCCAACCUCACCCUGAAAACCUUGUCCAUGCUGGGCUGGGCUCGCCGCUUCUGCCCUCAGGCUCAUUUCAUGGCCAAAGUGGACGAUGAUGUACUCUUUAAUCCCAGUGCCCUUUUGCACUUCAUAAACAAGAGCCGCAACCCCUAUGAACAAGGAGACUUGUACCUGGGCAGGGUUCAUCUCCAUGUGGCCCCUGACCGGGAUCCAGACAGCAAGCAUUACCUCCCAGCAGGGGCCUACCCUCCCUCUGUCUUUCCAGACUACUGCAGUGGUACAGCCUAUGUCCUGUCCCGCUCUGCGCUGCUCAAAAUAUCCCUGGCAGCCUCUGCAUCACCUCUAUCCACCCCUCUCCCCCCUGAGGAUGUGUUUGUGGGUCUGUGUGCCCGGACGGCUGGGGUCCUGCCCUCACACUGCCCCCUCUUCUCCGGAGGCCCUGGUGUGCCAUAUGGGCGCUGCUGCUAUCAGGCCAUGGUCUCCAUCCACCACAUCGCACCCAGGGAGAUGCUGCACUACUGGCCUGAGGUGCAUUCAUCACAGCCCUGCUCCUGGCUCACUCUGCGUGCAUCUCUAGGAAUGUGCAAGGUCCGGGCGAUGAUCGGGACAGCUCUGGGGCUGGAGGGACAGUCAUGA